AGUGCAACCCUAUUCACAUCUUUCACUCAUCAAUCUGUACAUACACUCUCGUUUCAUGUUACUUUCCUACAACAAUAAUAAUCCAAAUCCCAGAUCCCCAUAACCCCUUCACUGAGUGUUUAUGCAAAUGCCAUCAAGAUCAUGGUGGAUUUUCUUGAAUCUUUUUGUGGGUGUUGUUAAUUUUGCUUUUGCAGAAGACCCUUUUGUGUAUUAUGAUUGGACUGUCUCCUACAUCACUGCCUCACCGCUUGGUGUUAAACAACAGGUGAUUGCAAUAAACGGGCACUUUCCGGGCCCGAUUCUGGAAGCAACAACAAACUGGAAUGUUGUCGUCAACGUAAAAAACGAUCUUGACGAGCCUAUGCUUCUCACAUGGAACGGGAUCCAACACAGAAAGAAUUCAUGGCAAGAUGGCGUAUUGGGGACAAACUGUCCGAUUCCAGCUGGAUGGAACUGGACAUAUGCGUUUCAAGUCAAAGAUCAAAUCGGCAGUUUCUUUUAUUUCCCUUCGACAAACUUCCAACGAGCUGCAGGUGGGUAUGGAGGAAUUAUAAUCAAUAAUCGAGAUGUGAUUCCGGUACCGUUUGGGACUCCCGAUGGAGAUAUAACACUCAAUAUUGGGGACUGGUUUGUGAAGAGUCAUAAGGACCUUAGAAAGAACGUUGAAAAUGGAGAUGAUCUUGGAUCCCCUGAUGGAAUAUUGUUUAACGGGCUUGGCCCGUAUCGAUAUGAUAGUACCAUUGUUCCCGAUGGUAUUACAUACCAGGUGAUAAAUGUUGAACCAGGAAAGACAUACCGUUUUCGCGUACACAACGUUGGCAUCUCUACAACUUUAAACUUCCGAAUUCAAAACCAUAAUUUGCUUCUUGUAGAAACCGAAGGUUCAUACACCGUACAACAAAAUUACACAAACAUGGAUAUACACGUUGGCCAAUCGUUUUCUUUCUUGGUGACCAUGGACCAAACCGGCAGCAACGAUUAUUACAUCGUUGCGUCUCCGCGGUUUUUAAAAUCGACAAAAGCCGCAGGAGUUGCCAUCUUGCAUUACUCGAAUUCUCAAGGUCCCGCUUCUGGCCCGCUUCCCGAUAUUCCUAACGAAUCCGACCCGUCAUUCUCAAUGAAUCAAGCAAGAUCCAUAAGAAUGAAUGUUACCGCUGGUGCUGCGCGUCCGAAUCCACAAGGAUCUUUCAAAUACGGUGAAAUUACAGUAACAGAUGUAUAUUUGCUCCAAAAUCGACCACCCGAACUUAUAAACGGAAAAACGCGUACUACGCUUAACGGCAUUUCGUUUUUUACCCCUUCAACACCGUUGAAGCUUGCUCAACAAUAUAAAGUUUUGGGAAUAUACAAGCUUGAUUUCCCGAAUAGACCUAUGAACCGGCCCCUGGUAAUCGACACAUCGGUCAUUAACGGUACAUACAAAGGAUUUAUCGAAAUUAUACUCCAAAACAAUGAUACUACUGUUCAGAGUUACCAUUUGGAUGGUUAUGCGUUUUUUGUAGUCGGGAUGGAUUAUGGAACAUGGACGGAAAAUAGUAGAAGUGUUUAUAAUAAAUGGGACGGGGUGGCACGUAGUACUACUCAGGUUUUUCCGGGAGCAUGGACUGCUAUUCUGGUUUAUCUUGAUAAUGCUGGCUUAUGGAACCUUAGAACACAAAACCUAGAUUCAUGGUACCUUGGUCAAGAAGUUUAUUUGAGUGUGAUUAACCCUGAAAAAACCGAGCUUCCUUUGCCCGAGAAUACCAUCUACUGUGGGGUACUUUCAAAUUUACAAAAGGACCAGGCUCAAAGAGUUCGUUUUUCCGGGGCACCCCCGAUUCCUAUAAUAAUUACAACGGUCCUUAUAGCAUUCAUCAUCGCAUUUGUUGGAGCUUCCACGAGGUAACACCAUUGGCAUCCAUGGUUGAGGGGUUAAAACAUCAUCAAGAACUAAGUUUUGACACAAUUAUAGGUUAAAAAAUAUAGAUAUAAUUGUUCCCAUGAAUACUACUAAUUAUGUAUUCUUUAGUGUAACUGUAAUUAGAUUGUAAAAGCUCAUUUCUUGUUGAAAAGUCAUCACUAUAUGUUCAUUGCUUUUGUUUCGAGUCUUUUUGUGAA